UCAGUUUAUUAAUUAUCUGCAUGGUCGAUACAUGUGAAAUAGCUUUAAUGCACCAGACAUUUUGUCAGUGGUAUAUAUACACUACACAUUAAUUGCUAGUCAUCCUUAUUCAUCAGCAAUAUGUAUGAAGCAGGAACUCUCUAACGUGUACUGUUAGCUUUAUUCCUAGUCUUCAGUUCUCCAUAUCUGCAGUUUACCUUAUUGAACGUCAAUACUGCUACGAGAGCAGUUUUCACCUAUGGUCAAGUCACUAACAAUCAACUAAUAGAAUAAAGGGGUCUUCGAGCUGAAAAACGUACGUUGAAAAUAACUACGAAGUACACAAGUCUCAAAUUCGACUUCAAAUUCGGCCAUUUGAAACCCGACUGAAUAAAGCUUCCUUUAAAGAAAAAGCUUCCUUGUAAGAAACUCGACAAGCAAGAUGACUCAAACGAACCGCUCUUUGAACGAAACUAGUUCGAAUUUCGUUGAUAAAGAAAGGGGCAUCUUUUGGUGUACAUCGUUUGGACUUGUCGGCCUUCUCAUAUUUUCUUCCAACUUCGCCACUAUCACUACGUUUGUUGUCAAUAAACAACUCCGUCGCCAUGGUAUCUAUUGUCUUCUUAAUUUAGCAGUUGCCGACAUGCUUCUUGGGGCCUUAACUAUACCAUACUACAUUAAUGAUAUUGCAGGAAUAUUCCUACAAUGGAAUCUACUUGAACCGCAAGUCUAUGUCGUUGUCAGGGGUUUCUACAUAACAGUGUUGUUUGGCUCGUUAUUUUGUCUAGUUGUCGUAUCUCUUAAUCGCGUCUUCGCGACAUAUUUACCAUUCAGGUACCGAACAAUGAAAUUGAGAAGCCAUUUAUCUAUCUUCGCCAUCACUUGGGCUUUAGCAAUAGCCGCAUCUGUGGUCUUCUUUCUGAUGAAGCAGUUACAAGAUCAGGUUGUAUUAGUAUUCCAAGGUCUUUUCGUGAUGGCUUUAAUAAUCAUUAUCAUGUCAUAUGUGAUUAUUUUAAUGAAGGUGAAAAUUAAAAAUCAAGUUCCAACGACAUCGCUAUCCCAGUUACGUGAACGACAUCUUGCAAUAACAGUUUUUCUGGUGUCGUUGUUGUCAAUGACAACAUGGAUCCCUUCUAUCGUGUUCCACGCUAUUUACAAGACACAAACUAGUGGAUUCAAUAUAGACCUUCAACUAUCAAUAUAUUUGAUCCACAGUAGUAACUCACUGGUCAAUCCUGUUAUAUAUGUCUUUAGAAUGAAGGACUUUAGGAAAGCACUUUGGAAGCUUUUCACGUCUUGUAUGCCGGCGGACAGCUCAAUCACUCCUCCUACAAGCCCCGGUAACGUCGAAAGCAAUAAUAACCAGGGGGCUGGGCAAACGAACAAAUGUGUGUUAAGCUUUAAUAACGUUGUUUUUGACACUAAAUUGUAAGGAAUUUGUCAAUGAAUGGGUUGUAACAAAGUAAGAUUACACUUUUGAGAGCAGACAACCUAACAAACUCAAAAAUUUCACUGACUAAAAUGUAAAUAAACUACAUACAAUGCUUUCUUGAAGCAAUGCAA